AAUUUAAAAGAAAAAAAAUCGUGUAUUUCAAUUUCAUCUUCAAAAUCAUGAAUUUCAAUUUCAAUUUGAAUUUUCUCUGCACUCUCGCCUCUCAUUGACGGCGACGAAGCCUCCAUUGUCCGUCCAUCAUCGACUCUACCGUUGCUCUCCACCUUCUGCUGCAAGUUAUGCUCACCACCACCGUCUUUUCUCUCAUUUCUGUCACCUUCAUCUGCAGAUUUUAGCCAAACAGAAAUCAUAUACCAGAUUGAAAUUUUUGCCCCGUGCGAGACAUUAAAGAGAAAGUAACCAACCACUGUACCCGCGUGCGGAACAUAAAGGUUGCUUUUUGAGUGAGUGCUUGGUGGAAGGAAAAAUUUUAAAAAUGUACGACAUAUCAGAUACCCACUUAAAGUUCUCAACAACUUAGGAAAAAGGAUAUGGGGCCAUGUCCAAAGGUCCACUCUUGCAGCUGAGGAGAGUAUCCUUAUAUUACUCACAAUGCUGGAUAGGUGCUUUUUUAGUAGUAGCCCUUCUUAGAUAUGAAGAAGCUAAGGCAAAAGGCAUUGAUAAUUAUGACAAAGAGUUGGAAGAUGCUAUUGACAGGCUCAUUGUUGAGUGUGAUAGGAAAAUUGGUAGAGCUCUCAAGCGUCUUGAAGAUGAGGAUGCAAAGGUCGCUAUUGCUAUAUCAGUCUCUGAAGUUACUCAGAUACCAAAAGUACUAGAGCUUUCAAAGCAGAUUGAGGAGAAAUUGAAAGAAGCUGAUCAAUAUGAUCUUGAAGGCAAGGCAGAUCUUAAAAUACAAGCUCUAGAAGAAGUAGAAGAGCUUAAAACUAAAAGAGCGGAUAAACAGUCAACACUGCUUUUGGAUGCAUUCAAUAAAGAUCAGGCAUCUUUGCCCCAACCAUUGCCAAACCCUCCAUCUUUGGCGCCACUGCCUGUGCCUGCACCUGAUCCUCGGACCCAGGAAAUGAUAAAUGAAAAGCUGAAGAAAACUGAGGAUCUUGGUGAGAAGGGGAUGGUAGAUGAGGCACAAAAGGCAUUAGAAGAGACUGAAGCACUCAGGAAGCUCUCUGCUAAAUGGGACCCUGUUCUGGAUUCCCCAAAGUAUACUGCUGUUGAUGUUCGCAUUACUGAUCAAAAGCUACAUGUUUGUGAUAUUUGUGGAGCAUUUUUGAGUGUUUAUGACAGUGAUCGACGUUUAGCAGAUCAUUUUGGAGGCAAACUUCAUUUAGACUAUAUGCAAAUCCGUGAUAAAUUAGCAGAACUUCAGGAAGAGAGAAACAAGAGCUGCAAACUUGACCGGGGGGUGUUGUGUUAUCCUUUUUAUUGGUGGUGUAUAAAUCAAAAGAAAGAAGCAGAGAUCAUGAGAGAGAAUCAAGUCGGGACCAAGACCAAGGGAAUACCCAUGACCGAAGGAGGGAUUAUGAUCGUAGAAGCAGAGAUCGUGACAGGGAUUAAGAGCACUCUUGGACUUAUGAUUCUAGAAGUCGCCACAGGUCACGUUCAAGGUCUAGGGAACGCUCCAGGGAUCACGAUCGCCACAGGCGUGACGGAUACUAGAUGCAUGAAUGCUGCCAAGAAGAAAAUGAAUACGAAACUGUUCUUGCUUAGGUAAGCCGACUUAUAUAGGGGAGUAGCAUUCCUCAGUUAAGUUAUUUGACAGUUUGUCAUGUGGUUGUAUCAACAUGUUUAAGAGGGUAUUUGUUGUUUUUUGGUACCUAAAGACUAGGAAUUGAAUCUUAAACUUAUGGUUAAGACUACAAGUAAUUCUAUCA